GUAACUUCUCCGUCUCAACACUCUCUUCGCACCAUGUCAGCAGAUUCUGUAGGCCUAUCCUCCGAGCGGCCCGUGAAAGGAGAAAGCGAAGUCGAGGCUUGGCUUCAGAGCGUUCGCAAAGACUGGAAGCCACUAAUGAAAGUCAGAACGGCAACCCAUGAGAACAUCGAGAACCUCCUGAGCAUCUUCAUCAAUUACCUCAAUUCACUAUGGUACGACGAGGAUGGUCCUGGUGAUUUGAAUGUCGAAGCUCCACCCACGUUACUACGAGACGCCUUGUUCGAGAAACAAGAUAAACGGAAAUUGUUUAGAAAGGAUAUUGGCGACUUGCAUGGAAAGAUUCCUCUGGCACGUCUUCUGCUGCUGGCCUGUACUGAACCUGAAGACGUUGUGAGCGUCAAAAUAACCACUGAUACGGAACGUGCGCGCGAUUUAAGAGACGCCUGGAAGCAAGAGUAUGAAGGCGGCGCCCUAGACAACUUCCUCAAAGCAAUGGAAUGGUACGAAAAGAACUACGACCCGGCGAUACAUUACGGACGCACCAUCGCCAUCUUGCAGUCGAGCGGAACAGGCAAGUCACGGCUGGUGGAUCAGCUUGCCUCUGUGCACCCUGUAUUCAGCGUUACUUUACGUGCAUCGAACGAACUGACGGAAGGUUGGCCGCCAAGAGAUCCCUUAGUUAUGGAGUUCUUCGAAUACUGCUCUCAAACCGAUCCUUCUCUCCCACCUGAGAUCAUAGAGAUAAGGGGAGAAGAAAUGGCUGCCGCAUUCCUUGGGGCACUGAUCGCAGCAAUCGCUGAUGGAUGGGAUAUCUCUCUUCUCAAAGCCCUGGACCCGAAGUUCAGCUACGGUCUUCCCGAUACCCCCGAGGCCGCUCGGCGACAGGAAUUCUUCAAAGUCGUUUGUGACAACGCGAAGACCAUGCUUCACAAACGGUCUGCGUUUCUUGCCGAGAAGCGUAGGUGGAUCCAGUCCCUUAGGCCAGCACCGAAAGAGGGCGCGCCGAACAACGAGCGCAAAAAGUACGACGAAGAGCUGUCUAAGAGCAGUUCUCAGUGGCAUGCCGAGCUCUUUGCAGAAUUCUGUCAGCCAGCGUUUAAACGUUUGAGCGCCAAACUUCACGCUGCUGGCCAUACCAAGUUCUUUCUGGCUCUAGAUGAAUGCACUAUUCUCGGAGGAACGUCCGCGAAUGAAAGAGAACCUUCCCGAAAAUGCUCGUUGAUCGCCUUUCAGCGUAUACUGAAAGCUGCGGAACAUAUGACCACGCCUGUAUCUUUCUGGUUCCUUACGCUCGACACCAGUUCCUCCGCUGCGAUGUUGGCUCCUUCUGGCCCUCUUGCUCCGUCGGCACGUCUUACCGCCGACCUCAUGCCGCUGCCUCCGUUCACCUACAUGGACUUCAACCAACUCAGACAUCGCUUCAGAACGGACACGGCUUCCGCCUCGUUGGAUAUCGAGAACCUGAAAUAUCUUGGUCGUCCGUUGUGGUCGACGAUGAAAACGCCGCUGGUUGUGACGUUUGCGAAGGAUAAGCUGUUAGCCGCUCGCGGAUUCAAUCCAACAGACUUGUCGCAAGUACUAGCUGUUUUUGCCUCCAGAGCAUGCCUCAAAUUGGCAGGGAACAACGCCGCGAACCGGAUUGCCGCCGACGCCGUCAGCCGCCACAUGCGCAUCCUGGUCUCCAUCGUGAAAACGACGUUGGACACUACUGUCCCUUCGGAACCUAUGCUCGCCAUCGCCGCCGCCACCGCACUUACAAAAUCUACGGCAAUCUACAACGAAGCACUCACCACGUUAUGCAACGAGCUGUACCGCCAGCAUUCCGUACUCGCAGCUGGAGAGGUGGGGGAACUCUGCUCCCGCCUCCUUCUUCUCCUCGCUCGCGAUAUGGCCACUACCAAACAAGAUACACCGUUUGUCACGACGGACGGGUGCUACAUCCACGCCAUCGAAUUGCAUGACUUGAUGUCGAGCCUUCUUGGGCAGGACCGGUAUGGAUUUUUUCACGAUGACGACGAGAAGAAGUUGGCGGAGGAGCUUCGAUCGCUCUGCAAGGGCAAGUGGGUGAACCUCACCCACUUCCUCCAGUACGAAAAGACGAUCGAAGAGCUCACUUUUGAAGAGCUCGAGCACGCUUGGUUCUCUGGCGCCGCCAUUCAAUGCUGCCAUAAUCAGCCGGUCAUCGACAUCCUCCUUAUUUACUACGGCGGAUCGCUUCACGAGCCGUAUAAACGCGAAUAUCUCGGCGUAUGCGGCCUUCAGGUCAAAGCCAGGGAACAGGAGGCGGAUGGCACGGUCGCAAGCGGUUUGACCGUCCCACCCAUUCUUCACCCGAGUCCUACCGGAUCAGAAUCCAGGAGAGUCAAGUGUCCGACGAUCGUCAUGCUCAUGGACCUUUGCACCAGUACGGUGUUCAAGGAGAAGGGAAGAAGGAGACUCCUGGUAAAGAGAGCGGCACAGAGAACGGUUAAAUGGUCGGGGUACGUCGAGGAGGAGCCCGAGAAUAUACUGGUGAACGUUCGUGGAUGCUCGGCGUUGCAAUACCCAGUUCUUGGAAAAUUUUCGGAACCGUUUGGGAAGAUCUUUGCCACCAUGACCGAGCGUCAGGCGCCGGGGGUUCUAGGUGUGCUAGAGAAGCGGAUGAUGGUUGCGAUGUACCCAAUCGAGAGGUCGGAGACAGCGCAAGAGGUUAAGAAGCAGGAAGAGCAAGAGAAGAAGAAGCAGGAAGAGCAAGAGAAGAGGCGGGCAGAGCAAGAGAGGAAGAAGCAGGUAGAGGAAGAGAGGAAGAAGAAGAGAGACGAAGCAGCGGAGAGUCGGAAGAACAAGAAAGCCACGAUUGCAGGCCAGAGUUCAAACGGAGGGAGGGGUGGAAAGGGUGGAAAGGGUGGUAGGGGCGGCAGGGGCAGUAAGGGCGGCAGGGGCGGUGGUCGGGUGCCGGAAGAUGAUGUAGACGGUGAAGCAAGCUUCCCGGAUCUUACAGACAUACGAGAGGCUUUACCGAAUAAGGAUACGGUGUAG